AUGGCCCGGGAGAAGCGCGGCCGUGGCCUGGACGAGGAGAGGCAGGCGGAGCUGAAAUCACGCCAAGAGGAGCUCGAGAAGCAAGUGGAGGCUUUGGCAAGGGAAGUUCAGGCCCAGACAGAGGCACUGCAGGGUCAGCGCGAGCUCCAGCAGUCGCAAGACCAGGCAGUUGCCACCUCCCGCCGGGAGUUGAAAGAGAAGCAGCAGGCAGCCACGGAGUCCGAGCGCUGCCUGCAGAAUUUGGGCGCGCGCCUGCGCCGGGCGCGGGAGGCGCGGCUGCGGCUCCUGUGCCAGAGCGUCUUGGAG